AUGCCCUCUGACAAGACGAUGAAGUUAGAUGCCAUUGGAUAUAGUAUUCUGGAGUAUGUAAUCAAUCUGCAUUGUAACCAAACUAACGGCAGAAGAUCAGCAUAUUUGGCGUUACUAUGCCAUGCGGAUUUAUUAUCCAGAGGGGCGCGUCUAGUAGACAAUGAUAAGCUACGAGAAGUUUCAGUGCUCCCACAUAAUUGGGCCGAGUCGGAUCCUAUACGUAUUUCAUAUAAACUUCCCAAACUUAAUGAAGAUGGCUCCGAUAAAGAUAUAGUGAGCUUCAUUUCAGGUGUCCUAAUUUUCGUACAACUUGCCAUAAGUCAGACCGACAACAGUGUUUUUCUCAAUGCGACUAAUCUCACCACUGACAAAUUUGGACAUUUGGAACUAAUGGGUCCAGCGCAUGUCCGUCUUGAUGUUGUAAAAACGAAUUCUCUAAAUAAACCAGCCGAUGUAUUUCUUCAACUUGAGAGUGCUUUGGACGAACUGGAAAAAAAUCUGUGGAAAGUAAUUUUUCCGAAACUAAGUAGCUUAAAACCAUCGCCCUCUCAGCCUUCCAGUACUCAGCCACCCCGUGGUGAAUCUCGUAGGUCUCAUAGUGAAGUUACUGAAUUUCUGAUCCGUUGUAAAAUCAAGCAAGGUGACCUCGACCCACUUGCGGGAAAUGAUUGGACCGGUCCUUUAGGGGGUGCUGGUGGAAUGGUUAUUGAUCCCUCACAAGCUCUAAGACGUCCCUUUGCUGGCAUACCUGGUAAUUUUCCAGGGGGAGGCCAGGGUGGUAUGGUUCCUCCUGGUGCCCGCUUUGAUCCCAUUGGCCCACCAAUGAUGCCCUCUCGUGGAAAUGGACCUAGAGGAAGUCGUUUCAACAACCCUGAUCCAGAUUCUGCUAUCCCUCCGGGUUGGGAAGAUAUGUAUAUGUAG